AUGGUGGAAUCAUUCGUUUCCAAGAGCGAUAGCCAAGAAAACGACCCAAAGGCUGCUGGUCGGAUCGAAGGAUUGGAAUCCCAUCAAGAAAAACCGCCAUCAGAAAACAACCAUGGUCUACAACUCACAAUAGCGUAUGGUGGUUUUCCGUCCACCCCCACUCCUACAAAAACCGUCAACCAACCCAACAAAAACCAUGGUCUAGACCUUGGAUUAGGAACCUUAUUUGUUCACGUAAUCCCACCUCCACAACCAGUUAACCACCACCUUGAGCCCGGUUUGGACACAACCUCUUUGAUCAAUGUCAUAGGCCAGGACAUCUCAAUCACAUGUCUACUCCAUUUCCCACGAACCACCUACACUUCAAUAGCAUCACUAAACCGGAGGUUUCGUGAACUCAUCAGAAGUGGAGAAAUGUAUAAACUAAGACACAAUAACAAAGUAAUUGAGCAUUGGGUUUAUUUUUCUUGCCAUUCGGAGAAAUGGGAAGCUUUUGAUCCGUCUAUGAAAAAAUGGAUGCAACUCCCUAUAAUGGAUGACAACUAUUACUUCAAUAUAUACAAUAAGGAAUCCAUGGCUGUCGGCACCCAACUACUACUUCUUGGCAAAGAUGUAAUAGGGAUGGGGAUUGGAAGGAAGUCAUUGACAUGUGGUGAAGAGUAUGAUUUGGAUGCUAAAAGGUGGACAGAAAUACCCAACAUGUCUCCGGUGGAUGCUUAUGGCGACUAG